AUGCCUCCUCCGCAAGAGCAGCAGAGUGGCACGUCGGCUCCGCGAUCUUUCACCAACCAAACCCUCUCGGCAGAGGAUUUGCUGAAGUCGCAAACCGUCGGUCUGGUCAACCUUGAUGAAUUUCGCAAACGGAAAGCAGAGGUCCUAGAGCAGAAGGAGCGCGAGGCGCAAGACAGGACUUUAGGGCGAUUCACAACCGGUAAUUCAAGAAGCGUGACACCCUCAACAGGCGAUGUGACUGACGGUGCGCUGACGCCCGGGAGCAAUUCCUCGGAACGACCACCCAAGAAGAAGAAGCCGCUUGCUAAGAGCAAGCUCUCGUUUAGAGAUGAGGAGGAGGGCAAUGAUACUGGCGAGGAUUCCGCUGCAACGACCCAGGAAGCCCGUGAAUCACGUUCUGCAUCCAAGACGCCUGGGGAAGACA